AUGAAAAUUUCAUAUAAAAUUGAUGCAACACUUCUCUUUUUUUCUGUCAAAAAAUCAAUAGAUUUCAAUAAAAAUUUUGAAACCCUAAAAAGUAAAAUUUCAUUCUCAUAUCAAUUUUUCCGAGUCUUGAUGAGAUGUAUUUUGCGGCUGCAUGCUUAUUCAUCACCUACUUGCGCAUCCAAGGUCAUAAUGAAUUUGGCAAAUACUCACAGGAUCCACACUUUCUUCAAUCAAGACUCUUUUAGUUCCAAAAACUACAUCUCCACACAUCUUCCAAGCAUGCUCCACAUAAACUGUACAUUGCCCAGAACGGUGAUAUCUUUUUUCUUUGAAACACCAUUUUGUAUGCAUAAAGAUUAUAAUUUUUUUUAA